AUGUCGAUGCCACCUCCUCCAGUCCCCGGGCCCCUGCCGCACGCCCUUGCCGGGGAGGAAGACCCGCUGCCGCCUCAGACAAUCGAGGUGCCUAUCACCGAGGCCCGCACUCUGUUCAACUCGUUUUCAAGCUUUCUCACCGUCUCCAUUCAUACCAUCCUCUACUACCGCAGCAUAUACCCCAAGCAAACUUUUCUCUCUGCCAAGGCGUUCAACCUCCCGGUGCACCAGUCUCGCCAUCCCAAAGUAUGCUCCUGGAUCAACGAUGCCGUAGAUGCAGUCAUGGCCCAGGCUGCCAAGGGGAGCGUCGAGCGAGUGGCUGUGGUUAUCCAUGCCCCACUACAACCAGCGCCUUCCAAGGACUCACCGGAUCAGCAGCUGGCCCCAGGGAGUGUCCUCGAGCGAUGGAUGUUUGAUGUCUCCCGAUUUCCAGCUUGGCCAGGCGGGAUAGAGGCAAUGAGAAAUUUCCGCGGGGAGGAGAGGGGAGUCGACCAUUUACAGGACGACGAGGAGGACGCCGAAGAAGAGGUUGGGAGUGGCGACGACAACCCGGAAGAUGCGGCCCCAGACACGGCUGCCGCCGAUGGUGACCAGGCUGGAGUGGUCAAUUGGACUGAUGUCGACGAGCAAUUGCGUGGUGCAGUGCGUCGCCUUGCCUACGCUGGAGAGACCAUGGAAGCCUUGACGCCAGGCUGUACCUUCACCGUUGCCGUUGAGCUACGAGACGAAGCACGAGCUCCGAUCGGCCACCCUCAACCGUGGAUUCCGUCCCAACCAGAUCUUCAGCUGGGCUCUCGGACGCGGCCCCGGAAAGCUGCCGUUGCCGUUGGUACGAAAACUAUUCCUGUCCGUACAGUCGAGGCCGGGCCGCUGUUCUUCGAAUGUUGGGUCGAAGAAGGCGGGACCAAGGGUACACUCCAAGGCUCGCAAGGACAGUCAUCAGGAUCAUCGUGA